AUGGGAAGAUCCGCCCUCGACCUUGACCACUGGUGGGAGGUGGAUCCCAAACCCGUGACCGAGGAGGUGGCGCAGGCUGCUUGCGACCUGAGCAAAAACCUCCCGGACGAUGUAGGCGGGGGAGUUGAGGUUGACACCGUGACAGGUGCCGUCACUGCCGUUGGUACCGAGGCGUGUAUCGCGCCCGGUAUGCCCGACGAUGAAGACGAAUGCGACUGGUCCGCUGGUGAUUUGGAUGUGGAAGUCGUCCAAGCCUUCCCUGCUCAAGUUCCCGACCCUAAAGUCGAGACCAAGGGUGAGGAUGCUGAAGCGGAGCCCAUGGACGCCGAAGGAAGAGGAGAAGGUGUCACCGUUUCCGGAGAGGCUGAGAAGGACACUGUCAUGGAAGAUCCGGAAGCUUCGGAGCCCCACAAAGGGGUAGAAAUGCUGACCCCGAAAGCCGAAGAAAUCAUCGAGGAAGGUGGGGCCCCGUUACGCCGUCGAAAGAUAAAAUUUGGCAACGCCCAUCUGCGCGUAUUAAGAGCCGUUGCCGAUGCUGAUGCCAGCAACUGGGAGAGCCUGCAGAAGGUGAUUGGCGCUACACCCGCUUCAGCAAGAGAAAAAUCUGAGUUUUUUGGACGCCUUGAGCAAUUGGCUGACCUUAGGGUACAAAGCCUUGUAGCUGCUGAGAAGCGAGCGCAAGAGCAUGCUGAACGGGUGAAGCAUUACACUGAGGCGGAAUCUCAAUACCAGAGCGGAUUGAAUGAUGCCAUGCUCCGUCUCGAACGGAUGAACCCGGUGGGGCCGAGAGCGUCUGUGCCCUUGAUUUCAGAUGCCCGGCUGAGGGAAGACAUCGCAGCUGGAAAAUCCAUUUGGCUCACAGAGGUGCCCCCCGCCGAGGGGGGAGGUGUGCUCAAUAAAGCUUUCUCGGAGAGCGCCAAAGCAAACUUGAAAGAAUUCAGGCAGAUAUUGCGAGAAGAGGCCCAGGUCGAGGCGACGAUCAAGAAGAGAAAGCCUGAUUCAGAAAGGCGAAAGAAGAUCAAGAAGGAUCGCCGCAAGGAAAAGAAGAGUAACACCAAGGACGACGCCGAGAGGGACCACAACCAUGCCAUAGCGCACGGGUCCGUGGCGAGUUUCUUGCCCGGACUUAGAGGCGCAGUUUUGACCUUGGCUGUUGAGUCCGCUAACGGGAUGGCCCUGGACGAAGAUGUGAUGGAUGGGAAAGAGGGUUACCUAUUCGGUAUGGCCAGCGGGGUCCUUUUUGAUCUUGGGGCCGCUGUCUGCCUCUUGGGCCUCAUACAGAUGGUUGUCUUCACCCUUAUCUUCCUCAAAAGCCUGAUCGUGAGGCAAUGGGAGGGGACCCCCAAGAAGGGAGGAAACGCCUCCCUGGCGAGGAGGGUGGGUAUCAAGGGGGAGCAGAAGCAGAAGAACUUUUGUUCCGCUCACCCGAUGAAAGGCCGAUACCGCGUACUGCCAUUCAAGCCCUUAUCGAAUGAGCAGCCAAGGGGCUGGAUCUGCCCAGUGGCGACCUUGGCACGCAUUCUUUGCGAUUCGGAGGGGCAAGUACUGACAGGUGCGUCUCCUGAUGACUGUGCUGAGGUGACCGAUGCGAGGUCGGAGCAGCAGCUGACGGAGCCACAGGACUAUGGGCUGCCAUGA